AUGGAUAAAUAUUACUCGCUUAACAAUGACAGUAACAGCUCCGGUAUGAUAGACUAUACGCUCAACGGAGACCUUCAACCGCAAAAGCAACCAAUGCUACAACAGCAGCCGCAUCAACUGUCCCCUUCCGAAUUUGGAGCAACGCCUUUUUUUGAUAAAAAAAUUUUUAUAGACAUUAUGCAUUUUGCAGACUUCGGUCCGAAAUUGGCGUUGAACCGGACCAAUAACCAAGCCGUUCACGAAACCGGGUUUGAUCCGGUUUGCUUCUUGAAGUUCCCAGUCUUGAAGGAAAGGAUAGAGGACCAUAUUCGAACCCAGCAUCUCAUGUCUUCUCAUAGGACGCCUCAGGAGGGAGGUGAGUGUGGAGGAAACAUUGGCUGCGUUUUUCUUGAAGACCAAGACAAUAACUCCAGGCGACUCCGUUUUAUUAGAGGAGGAGAAAAUGAAGACAGGGACAACGAUAAUGUUACAACAAAGGAGGUGAACAGCAAGAGGAAGAGAGGUAGAACAAGCAAGACCAUCGAAGAAGUGGAAAGCCAACGUAUGACUCGUAUCAUGGUCGAAAGGAAACGUAGGAAGCAAAUGAACGAGCAUUUACGUGUCCUCAGGUCCCUCAUGCCUGGCUCCUACGUUAAAAGGGUAUGAUAUUCAUAAAUAUAUAUGUACAACUAAGACCGUCUCAAACUAUACGUUAAUAAACUGAAUGUUAUGCAUAUAAUAGGGAGACCAAGCCUCGAUCAUAGGAGGUGUCAUAGAGUUUGUAAGAGAGCUCGAGGAACUCCUACCGUGUCUGGAAUCACAAAAGCGUCGGAGAAUCUUGGAAGAAACCGGUCAUAGGCAAACAGGGGACAUGACCAGGCCAACAAAUCCUUCUUCUUGCCCCGUAACUAGGGUAGCUAACCAAACUCAACCGCUCAUAAUUACCAAAAAUAUAACCGAGCUAGAGGGCGGAGGAGGACUACUGGAGGAGAUGACGGAAAACAAGUCAUGUUUGGCUGACGUGGAGGUUAAGCUACUAGGGUUUGAUGCCAUGAUCAAAAUACUUUCAAAAAGAAGACCAGGCCAAUUACUCAUGACUAUGGCUGCUUUGGAAGAUCUCCAUCUCUCUAUUCUUCACACUAGCAUCACUACCAUGGAACAAACCGUCCUCUACUCCUUCAUUGUCAAGGCAAGUUCCACUUGCUUACAUAUAAUACUAAUAGGAGUUUAAGUACCAAUAUACAUUACCAAUUUUGUGGCACUAAGAUACACAUUAUUUAAGGGCCUAAAAUAAAUACAUUAUAUUUGUUCAUUAACCUCUUUAUGUAGUAACUGCUAAAGGUUAACAUGAGGUCGAUGUAAACAUGUGCAGAUUACAAGUGAAACGAAGUUUACAGCGGAAGACAUAGCCAGUUCCAUUCAGCAAAUAUUUAGUUUCAUUCAUGGAUGUACUAUCAUGUAAGGAUUUACAUAUUUGUCCCUAUGUUAAUACUAUUUCGCUUAAAGAUAUUUUAAUAAUUUUAUGUUGGUGACCUUAAAAACAAAAGUUGUGUUGGAUGCAUGUUGGUUGUCUUUUUGUUUUAUUUAUUUGCACAUUUUAGAUGUCAUUAUUUUAUUGUGUUAGAUUUGGUGUAGCAUCAAGACUAAAUUAAAUUUAAUGUUUGUGGCAUGUUCGCUUAAUUUGUUUUUUUUAGGUGCUAAAUGUUAAAAACAAUCUUAUUUUUUCCUAUAGAAGCAUGAAACCCAAGGUCAAAAUACGGUGGAUUAUCAUUUUGAUAUUCUUAUUGCAAUAUUAAUGGAAAUAGAAUACAUUUAGAAUCAUUAUAUGGAAAUAAUUGGUCAUACAUUAUACUACGAAAAAUAUCUUGAAAUAAUGAAAAUGUUAAAAUUGAGUAAAAGUAAGUUAGACUAAACAUACAAUUAAAAUAUGAAUCAUAAUCACGUGAUCACAUAUUGACCAUCUAGAUUUUAAUAAUCAUAUAUGUAAGCAUAAUAUAGUAAUUAUAAUUAUAUAUUUAUUAUUUUUAUCUUAUUUAUUAAAUUAAAAGUUAAUUAUACAAUCGCUUCUAUUAAAAUUUUAAAUUUCGUUUCGUAUAUAUAUGUUAUGAUUCCAAUUUUAAAAACAAUUUUAAAUGAUAAAAAUAUCUUAAAGUUAAAAACCCUACUUAACGAUCAAUUGUUUGACAAAAUUUUUUGAACUAAACCAGAUUAUUUAGCUAAUCUUAUAGUUAGACUGAUAUAAAUAUUUUACUAUGAAUAACUUAACUUGCUAAAUGUAAAAAAUUACAAAUUAGUAAUUUCUUAUAUAAUUCCAUUAUUUGGUAUGGCAAUUUAUAAUUGAUGUUUUAUAACUUAUUGGUGCUCAUAUAUUUUUUUUGUAACUUAGUGGGGCUCAUAUGUUGUUUUAUCAAAAUAUGUAAAAUGUUGAAAACCCUUGUCAGAUGAUUAAAUUUUUUUAUCUCGUGUAUAUUACAAAAUAUUUGUUUAAAUGUUGGCCACUAAAAAUAGUUAAGAAGAUGAGCUAGUCCAUUUUAACUAAUAAAACAUUAAAACGAUUUGACAUGUCAAAUGAAUGGAUUAUUCAGUCUAAGUUCAUAAGCCUACAAUUAUAUAUAUCAAAUUUAAAAUUUUGACUCAAAAUGUAAAAUAUAUAUAUAUAUAUAUAUAUAUAUAUAUAUAUAUAUAUAUAUAUAUUCGCCAAUAUUACAUGUGUUCUAACAAAGAUACAAAAAGGUUAGACCUAUAUUACUACUCUUUGAUGAUUUAGUUAAACAAUUACGACAUGUCAGUAAGAAAAUAACAAAUUCAAGUUUUAUAACAAAGUGAAGCAAGGAGUGAGAAUCAGUCACAUUUAUGGGGCGUUAUUUCGUCUCGUGGGAUAGUAUUUCUCAAAUAUUGGAUUAAUUUAUCAGCAAAAAGUUGGGUCAAUAUCUGAAGUUUCAUAAAACUAGUUGGCGACUGUUCUGACUUGUAAAACCAUUUCCAAUGAGUUCUCUUAUAUGUAUAAAUAAUUGUGGGAGUUUCACAAUAAAUAAAGUUCUUAAGAAUUCUUAAAACUUUCUUUUAAUAACUCUUACUUAUAGAGUCCACAAAAAUUAUGAAUCCCAUAAUUAUUUAUACAUAUAUAAUAUAUACAUAACACAUAUAUUAAAAACCCCAAUAGAAAGAACUUCCACUUUUACCCCCACUGAAAAUGCUCUAAGAGCCUUUUUUAAUGGGAAAUAAAUUAGCUUACAUCAAUGAAAUAUUUAAUAGUAUUCUAUUUCGAUUUUUUUGGAUGUCUUGAAAACCAUAAGCAACAUCUUUUUUUUUUAACACUGAAUCCAUAAGCAACAUCUAUUUUCAAAAUUACCUGAUGAAAAAGUGUGAUUCUAACAAUGAUAAAUCGAAAUGUUGAACCAAGGUCAGCACAUUGACUGAACCGGUCAUGAUCUCUUCAUCUUGCACGGAAUGAACCAAAUCUCCAACUGAUUCCACAAGGGCUUUAGUCUUCGAUCUGGUCUAUGUCCAGACCGAGAAUAAGAGUGUAUCAUCAACUUGUUUGAUAUCUACUUCAUGGGCUGAAAAUACUUGGUUUCGACCAUCUCAAAUUGGCCUCGUUCAAAACCAAAUCCGACAUGUUCCUCAUGCCCAUUUGGUUGAUGAAAAUCCUUCCUCCAUUCCAAGCUCCUUCAUCGACCAACCCAGCUCGUAUUGCUGGUCGCAAGCUGGCUCAUAUUCCUGGCAGAUGAGAUAUUUUAGGAAUUCCUAGGCUUCCUCCUAUACGUAGUCAAGAGAAAAAUAAUUUGGCAUAAAAUCUAUUAAUACUUCGACCCAACAACUCUGGCAUCCACCCAAAUAAAAAUAGGAAAAAGUAUAGUCAAAGUUUAAAUUUUGACAUUUUUGAAGGUCAUAGCGGUUUCAGAAACCGCUGCGACAUACCACUACGUUCUCAUUUUCCUUACGGUUUUCCCUAACCACAUCAAGAUCUCAAUAUUUUAACGCUUGAGUUCACGGCAGCCUACGGUAACCGCUAAACCUGAGCGUUCGGGUUUUUGGGUCAGUAGAUCUCUUCACCAGCUAAGGUUCGAGACCAUAAUUUGAAAAAGUGAGAAAGAGAGAAUGGAUCUCCCAUGAUAUGUGCCCAACUUUAAGCCGAAAGCUAAUCCACCGCACUUAAACCGGAUCAUCUACAGCAAUAAAACCAAAGUAAACUUAUAUUUUACUUUUCAUUGGCGUGCAUCGAUGCAUGUCAGUAUGUGUUCUUUCGCUAAUUGAGUACCGAUAUUUCAUGCUCUGUUAAGCAUCUGAAACAUUAUAUUUUAAUUACAUGUCAUCAAUACUUCUUAUAAAAUUAUAAAAUCUGCAAAAAAAUAGUUUUUUCCCCGCGAGUUCCAGGCGAAAGCUUGAUGGUCAUGUCGCAAAAAGGCCAUCUCCUUGCAUGUUUAUGUUUUAUAUUUUUAUACUAGAAUAAAACAUGCGCCUUUCACAUGAUGAAUUUAUUUGUAUGUAUUAUUGACAAUUUUUUAUAUAUUUGAUCAUUUUAUUUAUACAUAUAUAAUAUUUUUUGUUAUUAUUAUAUAAUUUUUUUUCGACAGACCGGAUUAUUUUUAUUAAAAAUUUUAUUCAGUGUUGAGAGGCUUUUGAAACCUGCAUUAUAGUUAUAUUUUAACGUGGACCAAUCAACAUUACCUCAGGUAUUUGUUAAUUCAAGAUUUGUUUUAAGAUAAUUAUAAUACAAAUUUUAAUAAUUAUGGACAAUUGUUUUUAAUUAUUUUGGUUAUAAUCUUCAAAAGCGAAUAUCUCAAUAAUUUUCUAAGCUUGUUAGGUCAAACUAUUUAAGCCUAUAUUAUCGAUUAAUCAUACAGAAAAUAAAAGCUAAAUUCGUAAAAUAAAAUGAAACAUAAAAAAAAAAGAAUAAAAUUAAAAAAAAAACUAAAAUAUGAUGAUUGAUUACAAAAAGGGUCCAAUGGCUAUUGUCCUCUUCCUUUCUCUUUUUGGUUUAUUGCGAGGCACAGUAAAGUUAUUUCUCAAGUCAAAUCCGGUUUAAGCUUUAGUUUUGGUUUAGCUCAGUUCAUCUCUACUCGUGGAUUUGGUAUGAAACAUAAAUAGUAUAGAAAAAUACAUUAAAGUAAAAGAAAAAAGUGAAGGAGAGAAAAAGGCAGAAAAGAAUCAAAUUAUGUUACAGACUUACAGUUGAUAAUGGAUCACAUUCACAGGUUUCAUUCCUCGAUUAUAAAAUCCAACGGCUAAGAUAUGCUCUCUAAACACUUUCCAGCAAGAUCAUUAUCCCAUCAUUUAUUACAUAACAAACCCACAUAUAUUUCGAAUUAUACCCACAAAUAUCUUUCUAUAAUAACAUACAGCUGUAAGAAUUUAAUUCCCACUUCGAUCCCCCUUAAAAAAGGACCACCAUAAAAAACAUUAAUGAUUUUUUUUGGCAUUUUUAAAAUUAAAAACGGAAAAAUACAGAAAUCUGUCCCUGUAAAUAAUUUUCUUUUCGGGUUGUAAA